AACGGACCUAAGGCAGUUCACAUACAAAAGUCCCUAUGAGAAGGCCACUAUCUUCAUGUUUGAUACGCCUUUUGGAAGGUGGCUGCUGGUCUACUGUGCGGGCCAUCUCACGUGAUGUUCUAGAAGCGGAAUCUGAAUGGAAACGCCUUGUUGUCAUACCUCACUGAGCCCACUGGAAUAAAGCUGUGUCAUUGGCGAUUCGACAGACCCUCAUGUCGUGGCUCUCGUCACUCAAGAAACCUGCGAUUCUGCGAACUUGUCAAGUCAAAAUCACCCACAAUCGCAAUCUAAGACGAACAUUCGCAACAGUCAAUAUGGCGGCCAAUCGUGAUCCCAGCACCCUCUCCAACUAUAGCGCUUGGCGAACUCGCCAUACGACUGCUAGCUUCAAGAUCGACUUUGAGGACAAGGCGCUCAAAGGUUCGGUUGUUCUUCAGCUUGAGUCGCAGACCAAUAAAGAGAGCAACGAGAUCAUUCUUGACUCUCGAUAUGUGGAUAUUUCUACCAUCCGUAUCAACUCAACAGAGUCCAAGUGGGAACUGAAAGAGUAUAAUGCACCCCUCGGCGCCCCUCUUCACAUCCAUGUGCCAGGCGGAGUUGCAAAGGGUGAACUGAUUGAUCUCACCAUUGAGCUCAAGACGACGAGCAAAUGCACUGCUCUGCAGUGGCUUACUCCUGCCCAGACCUCGAACAAGAAGCACCCGUAUAUGUUCUCUCAAUGUCAGGCUAUCAAUGCCCGCUCUAUUUUCCCGUGUCAGGACACUCCUGAUGUGAAAUCCACUUUCACUUUCAAGCUCACUUCUUCCCUGCCAGUUGUUGCGAGUGGUGUUCCUGUGGGAGACCAUAGUGCCACGCCUGGUGAAGAGAAACUCUAUGAGUUUGAGCAAAAGGUCCCUAUCCCCUCUUAUCUCUUUGCCGUAGCUUCUGGCGAUAUUGCGACUGCGCCUAUUGGCCCUCGGAGUAUUGUCGCCACAGGUCCCAAUGAGCUGGAAGAAUGCAAAUGGGAGCUGGAGCGUGAUAUGGAGAAGUUCAUGGAAGUGGCAGAGAAACUCGUCUUCCCCUAUAAGUGGGGAGCUUACAAUGUGCUGGUCUUACCCCCAAGCUUCCCAUAUGGAGGUAUGGAGAAUCCCAUCUACACGUUUGCUACACCUACUAUCAUUAGUGGUGAUCGUCAAAACGUGGACGUAAUUGCCCAUGAAUUGAGCCAUAGCUGGAGUGGUAACCUGGUUUCCAAUGCCAGCUGGGAACAUUUCUGGCUAAAUGAGGGCUGGACGAUGUACCUUGAGCGUCGUAUCCAAGCAGCCAUCCACGGUGAUGCCGAGUUUGAUUUCUCUUCCAUCAUUGGAUGGAAAGCUCUUGAGGAUGCAGUGGAACUCUUCGGCAAGGACCAUGAGUACACCAAACUUAUCAUUAAGCACGAGGGUGUUGACCCUGAGGAUGUCUAUAGUACGGUUGCGUAUGAGAAGGGCUUCCACUUCCUCUACUAUCUAGAGGGCGUUGUUGGCCGAGAGAACUUUGACAAGUUCAUUCCUUUUUACUUCACCAAGUGGUCUGGCAAGUCUCUUGACUCCUUUGAGUUCAAGCAAACCUUCCUCGACUUCUUUAACAACCUCGGAGAUGAAAAAAUCUCCAAGAAUGUCGCCGAGAUCAACUGGGAAGAGAAAUUCUACACGCCCGGUCUACCCCCUAAGCCUGAGUUCGACACUACACUGGCGAACCAGUGCUACGACCUCGCAACUAAGUGGAAAGACGCUAACUUUACACCAAGCGCCAAGGACCUUGAGAACUUCACUGCCAACCAGAAACUUGUUUUCUUGGCUGAGGUGCAGCAGUCCGGUGAGCUGAGCGCAGACCGAGCGCAGCUUAUGGGGAAAACCUACGAUUUCUUAUCGUCCCAGAAUGUCGAAAUUUUGUCUGCGUAUUAUCUGAUUGCUCUCAAAGCUCAUGAUUCUGCCAUCUACCAGGACGCCGCCAGUCUGCUUGGACGAGUUGGUCGAAUGAAGUUUGUGCGCCCUUUGUUCCGCGCCCUCAACAGGGUGGAUAGACAGCUGGCAUUGCAAACAUUCGAGAAGAACAAGGACUUUUACCAUCCAAUUUGUAAGGGUAUGGUCGAGAAGGAUCUCGGCCUUUAGAUAUGUGAUUACGGAGGGGCAGUCCUUAGAAAUCCACUCUCCCAAUAUAAAAGAAUAGACUCAAUCCAGCCAUUCUGACUUUGCCAUCAC